AUGUUUUCUACGUGGUCUGCACAGCGCAGUACAAAGCUGCUGCUGUUGCUCUUUACACUUCUCUCCCUCACAUCCCUCACAGUGGCAUCUACACCCACAUCAUUUUGCAAAUGCACCUGUUUCUCCAAUAGCACGAUCAUCCCCCUCGACCCCGCCAAGUCCGAAAAGUCCUCCGGCAUCGACCACCUCCUCCACUUUUACGAGCGCAACGUCGCCAGCUCAGAGCUCGAACACACGGAUGAAUAUAUCAAACGAGAGAAGAAGUACCGCUCGCUAAGCUGCAACGACUGUAAUCGCAAGUUCUGCCUAGACUACCAGCUACCGACAUGCAAAGGCGCUAAAGAAGACGACGUGUUCACCACCUGCUUCCAACGGGACUCCCGAAAGGACGAAGCGGUGGUGUUUAUCUUCAUUUUCGCAACAGGGGGACUACUUGCUUGGGCAGCCUGCAAGCCAUGGAUUGAACGAUAUGUCGAGGCAAGUCCACGAGUUCAGUGA